AUGAAUCUCUCGCUUUCUUCUUCCUCUUCCUCUUCAAUUCCUUCCGUAUCUGUAUCUUCUUCUUCUUCUUCCUCCUCCUCCUCUUCGUCUUCAACCACUUCAUGGCUCUCCGUCAUAGUUCGCGGCCGUUCCGAUAGGUCUGCGAGCAUGAAAAUGUCAGCCAAUACUACAUCUGGCUCUCCUGCUGGGGAUUCACCUGGUCCUGUCGUCAAGAAGAAUCACUUCCGUGGGUUGCUCUUCAAGUACGGUCCCAAGCCAAUUCAGGUUGCAUUUAAGACAGGGGAUUACAAACAGCAAGUCAUAUUCAUUGGUGGAUUGACUGAUGGCUUUAUGGCAACAGAAUAUUUGGAACCUCUGGCAAUUGCUUUGGAUAAAGAAAAAUGGUCACUUGUUCAGAUACUUCUCUCAUCAUCGUACAGUGGAUAUGGUACCUCCAGCUUGCAACAAGAUGCCAAGGAGCUCGAUCAGCUAGUAAGUUAUCUGAUCAAUAAAGAAGACUCUGAGGGUGUUGUGUUACUUGGACAUAGUACUGGCUGUCAGGAUAUAGUCCAUUAUAUGCGUACAAAUGCAGCUUGCUCUCGAGCAGUUCGUGGUGCCAUUUUGCAGGCUCCAGUUAGUGAUCGAGAGUAUAGAGCAACUCUUCUUGAAACAGCAGCCAUGAUUGACUUGGCUUCAACUAUGAUAAGCGAAGGCAGAGGAUCAGAUCUUAUGCCAAGAGAGGCAGAUCCAUCUUCUCCAAUAACUGCCACUAGGUAUUAUUCCCUAUGCUCCUAUAUGGGGGAUGACGAUAUGUUCAGCUCUGACCUUAAUGAUGACCAGCUGAAAAUGAGACUUGGCCACAUGGCUAACACACCAUGUCAGGUUAUCUAUUCCAUGGGAGACGAAUAUGUGCCAGAAUAUGUGGAUAAGAAGUCAUUGGUGGAUAGAUUGUGCAAAGCAAUGGGAGGUGCAGAGAAAGUUGAAAUUGAACAUGGAAAUCAUUCUCUCUCCAACAGAGUUAAUGAAGCAGUUGAGGUCAUAGUUGACUUUGUGAGAAGGGAAGGUCCUAAGGGCUGGGAUGAUCCAUGGCAUUAGUAUUGUUCAUUCUUCUGUCUUCUGCUCUGCUGUCCCCUUUGUGUUUUUUCUUUUCUUUGUCACUGUGGUUUCUUAAUUUUCUUUUUAUAAAUGCAUUAACUUAUAUUUUCCUUCCUUUUUCUCAUCAUUUAAUUUUAUUAUAUCUCCAAAUUGAGAUGGGUUAGAUUCUGAAAAGUAUUGUUUUUUUAAUGGGAAUGAGAUCUCUUGUGUCUAGCUAGACUGUGUCAGCUGUGGUAGUUAUGAUUGUUAUGUACAGACAGAGGGAGUUGGUUUGUUUAACUGACUCCCUUAGAUUUGGAAUUUCUUGUUGUGUUGUCCACAAUUUUAGUAAUUGCUUACAGAAAGCUUAUUCAAAA